CGUGGUGACGCAGUUUGAGGGCGACAGUGUUGGAGUUCGGUUGUCGCUCAGAACCAGGACCUGGACCUGGACCUGGACCUGGACCUGGACCUUCGUCUGCAAAUAUUGUGACUUUAUCUGCUGCGGUUUCAGCGUUUGGAACCAGACACUUUCCGUAGAUCUUAGUGGAUCAGAGAUGCAGUCUGGAUCAGUUCCUCCAGAACCUGGACUGAAGUCUGUCCGAAGAUCUCCUCGUCUGUCCCCCCAGGUAAACAGUGAAGCCGAGCAGCAGAGAGGAGGCAACCUGCAGGAGGCCAAGAUGAGAGGGAGGCUGAAGAUGAUGGAGAGGAGCAGAGAGGAGGAUCUGAGCGACCACCUGAAGACACUGGAUCUGUCCAGCUGCUUAGCAGUGGGUUCUGGAACUGGUCUUGUUUACUCUGAGAAAUUCACCGUCCACCAGAACCAGUGGGACUCCAGCCAUCCAGAGUGUCCGGAGCGGGUGACGUCCAUCAUGGCGGAGCUGGACAGACGGCAGCUGGCGUCUCUGUGUGUCCAGGUCCAGCCCAGAGAAGCUGCAGAAGAAGAGCUGCUGCUCGUUCACACGAAACGUUACGUGGACACCAUGAGGUUGACUCAGACGAUGACGCAGACAGAACUCCAGACUCUGUCCAACAAAUACGACUCUGUCUACCUCCAUCCUGAUUCCUUCCAGGUGUGUGCACUGGCGGUCGGGUCGGUUCUGCAGCUGGUCGAUCAGGUUCUCACCUCAGAACUCAGGAACGGAUUUGCCAUCAUCAGACCUCCAGGUCAUCACGCCCAGAUGGAAGAGGCCAACGGUUUCUGUAUCUUCAACAAUGUAGCAAUCGCAGCUCGCUACGCUCAGAGGAAACACGCCGUCAGCAGGGUGCUGAUCGUGGACUGGGAUGUCCAUCAUGGUCAGGGUAUCCAGUACGUGUUCCAGGAGGAUCCCAGUGUCCUGUACUUCAGUGUCCACAGGUAUGAACUUGGGUCUUUCUGGCCUCACCUGUCAGAGUCUGACAGCCAUUUUGUGGGCAGCGGACGAGCAGAAGGAAGAAACAUCAACAUUCCCUGGAACAAGACAGAGAUGACUGAUGCUGAUUACAUCACUGCCUUCCAGCACGUUCUGCUGCCGGUGGCCUACGAGUUCCAGCCUCAGCUCGUUCUGGUCUCUGCUGGAUUUGACGCUGCAGUCGGAGAUCCUAAGGGCGAGAUGUGUGUGAGUCCUCAGUGUUUCCAUGUUCUCACUCACAUGUUGAUGAGUUUGGCUGAGGGUCGACUGGUCCUCGCUCUGGAGGGAGGUUAUAACCUGCAGGCGACAGCAGAGGGCGCUGCAGCCUGUGUUGUAGCUCUGCUGGGCGGAGCUUGUCCUCCACUGAACCCACCCACUGCUCCGUCUGACAGCGCUCUGCAGUCCAUCUCUCAGACGGUCACGGCUCUGUAUCCACACUGGCCCUCCCUGCAAGUCCACGAAGGCGGCCCAUUGGCUGAGGGACAUGUCAUCAGAGAAACUACAAAGGAGAUGGAUAAGAAGCCUGGCCUUGCCCCCUCUGUUGCCAUGGUAACAGGUCUGGUUUAUGAUGAGAGGAUGAUGGAACACUUGAACAUGUGGGACAGACAUCACCCUGAACAGCCUCAGAGAAUCUUUAAGAUCUUCUCCAAACAUCAGCAGCUGGGCUUAGUUGAUCGUUGCCAGCGGAUACCAGCCCGCUUAGCGACAGAGGAGGAGCUAUCCAUGUGUCACAGCUUGCAGCACAUCGAGCAGAUGAAGGCCACGGCGGCCAUGAAGCCCAGAGAGCUGCACAAACUGGGGGACGAGUUCAACUCCAUCUACAUCAACAACCAGAGCUUCCAGUCUGCCCAGCUGGCGGCCGGGGGCUGCUUCAGCGCUGUCGACAGCAUCCUGGGAGGACAGGUGAGUAACGGUGUGGCCAUUGUCCGUCCACCUGGUCACCACGCUGAGAUGGAUGCUCCCUGUGGCUUCUGUUUUUUCAACACAGCAGCACUUGCUGCUCACUACGCCCAGAAGAUCUCCCAUGAUCCUCUGCUGCGAGUCCUGAUCCUAGACUGGGACGUUCACCAUGGCAACGGGACUCAACACAUGUUUGAGGACAAUGACAGCAUUCUGUACAUCUCUCUCCAUCGCUACGACAACGCUACCUUCUUCCCGUCUUCAGAGGACGCCGCUGUUGACAGGGUGGGCGUGGCUAAGGGGGAGGGGUUUAAUGUCAACGUGGCAUGGAGCGGAGGGCGGAUGGGCGAUUCUGACUACCUGGCUGCUUUUCACCACAUCGUCAUGCCGAUUGCUACCGAGUUUAACCCCAGUCUGGUUCUGGUGUCGGCCGGGUUUGAUGCUGCUCGGGGCGACCCGUUGGGUGGAUAUCAUGUGACCCCAGAGGGAUAUGCCCACCUCACACACAUGCUGAUGUCACUGGCCGGAGGGCGUGUCCUGCUCAUCUUAGAGGGGGGUUAUAACUUGUCGUCCAUCUCGGACUCUAUGACGAUGUGCACCAGUGUGUUGCUAGGAGACCCUCCUCCGUCCUUAGCAAGGCCCCUCCCCCCUCCUCACCGCAGCGCCGUGGCAACGAUCAACGAGGUUAUCCGUCAUCACGCCCCCUACUGGCGGACCCUGAGGAUACACAUUCCACAGUCAGUGCUGGCCGCUCUGCCGUCCCCAAAGCAUCGUGGGAAACGUAGUUCUAAAGGAAACAGCAGGAAGUCAGAGCAGAACACCGCCAACAGAUCGCCAUCUGCAGAUGCCACGGCACGGUGCAGUCUGGAGCAGCUCACGCAGGGAUUGGCCUGUUUGGACAUCAGUCAGAUCUCAGCUACGUCCACGCCGGUGGGCGGGGCCAGGCCAAAGGUCCGCUUGAGCCCGGAAGAGGAGCCAGGUGAUGUCACACCUGAGCUCAGCCAAUCAGCAGAGCUGCCUCAGAAGAUCACCGUGGCAACGCCACAGUUAUUCACCACUGGAGACAAAGCUGCAGAAGGAGAGGGGGCGGAGCCAGAGACAGAGGGAGCGUGUGGUUGGUCGAAGCCUCAGGCAUCUCUGGAGCUGUCCACUCUGUAUGUGGUCGACCCCCUGCCGUGGUGUCCUCACCUGGACGCCGUGAAGCCCCUCCCACCUUCAGGUGUCGAUGUCCUCCUGCCGUGUGAGGACUGCGGCUCUGACGCUGAGAACUGGAUCUGUCUCACCUGUUACCAGGUGCUCUGUGGUCGCUACGUGAACGAGCACAUGGUGUCUCAUGGCGUCGUCUCCCAACACCCGCUGGUGCUGAGCUUCUCUGACCUUUCAGUGUGGUGCUACCUGUGUGAGGCGUACGUCCACAACCAGGUAACACAACCAGAUCCUCUUUGAGGCUAAAAACGCUGCUCACUGUGCCAAGUUUGGAGAAGAGAUUCCAGGGUGGAGCUGAAGCCUCGCCGUCUUCACGGUGAUGGGAUGGUUCAGGGCGUUGCCAUGGAUACCAGCAUCAACGGUGCUUCGUGGGAAAUCCAGCGACAUCGUACGGCGUCCCACAGCUGCCAAAACACUCCCAUUAAAAACCCGUUUUUAUCUCCUCAUCAUCAGUUUGUUGACAGAAAAUGUGACGAAUCACCAGCAGAAGGAACAACAAACAACAAACAAACAACAAACACUGUUUGUGUUUAACAUGAAGAAACAAACAGAAUUUUUUCAUUUUCCUGAAACGAGGCUUAAAACUCCAUAUUUCUGUGGAAAAAAAAGAUAAUUUUAUAUUAGUUCAAACAUUUUAAGAAGUUGUUCUCCAAUAAUAAAAUCCUGCAGCGAUCAGUUGAUCAGCAGAAAACAGUUCUAUUGAUCGUCCAUAUGUUGGUUCUGAAAUGUUGAAGAGCUGAUUUCAUCCAGUAAACCAUCAAAUGAUUGGUGUGGGUAUUGAUUAGAGGAGCUCUGUGCAAUAUGAGUCACAAUGUUUGUAUUGUUUCUAUUAAAGAGGUUGUGAUCGAUCACCUGAUCAAUAAUCGUC